AUGAAGCACAUGCAGGAAAAUGAAUUUCUUCAUGAGGUAUUUGACUUCACACCAAAGAAAAAUAUUCUAUCAAGCACAGAUCGUGUAUCAGGGAUUGAUAAGGUCUCCCAACUCAAUAGUCAACAAGGCAAGGACGCAGUUUCUGAACAAACAACGGAUGAUGUCCCAGAAAGUCUUUGGCGCCAUUUAGGGCGAUUGGGGACGUCAGAGAAUGAUGAAAGGCACACUGAUUUUGGGAAUAUCAAACAGACAUUGGAAACACUUGUCCAACAAAGGCAGCUUCAGGUACUAAAGGUGGUUCAAGUGGGUCCCCAGUCGGUCUUCAAAGUCAAACAGAGCAGUACAAUUACAACAGCUGAUUUUGGUAAUGCUUCUGUUGCUGAGCGUGUGAUAGAGCCUACUCUUGUCAUGUUUGAGUUUUAUGUACCAUCAUCAUGUAUGCUAGAUGGGGUCCACUCACAACAUUUUUUUGGAACUGAUGUCAUCAUACAUCAUUCUGAAAACAUGGGAUUAGUUGCAAUUAACAAAAACACAAUCACCAUAUCAACAUCUGACAUCAUGUUGUCAUUUGCAGCCUUUCCUGUAGAAAUCCCUGGUAAAGUACUCUUCCUCCACCCUGUUCACAACUAUGCUCUUGUUGCAUACGACCCUUCAGCACUCGGGCCCACAGGAGCUUCUGUAGCCCAAGUAGGCCAACAACCCAACUUCUUCUAG